AUGUGUUUAUUGAAGUCGCCUACAGUCGUCAGAGCUGCAACUAAACGCGGGGGACGGGCAGUACGUCGUCGCGUACACGCUCAAGCCGCCCAAGCAAGCGCAGCCGGACAUAUUGAAUCCGCCUCCAGCCUACAGUCGUCAGAGCUGCAACUAAACGCGGGGGACGGGCAGUACGUCGUCGCGUACACGCUCAAGCCGCCCAAGCAAGCGCAGCCGGACAUAUUGAAUCCGCCUCCAGACGGGGCCCCGCUGAGCAAGUGCGUUACAGAGGCGGCCACGAAAAACGGCGCACUCCACGCCGACGAGUGGGGGAGCGACGCGAGCGCAGCGCUCGACGAUCACCGACCCGUACUGUCACCACCAAAAGCAGUAUUAAGUAAGCCCCCCGUUACAUUAGGUACUAUGACGUUAAGUAGGAGAGAACAUCUCAUAGCUGAAGAAAUUCCAGGACCAGAGAGUUGUGUAUAAAGUGUACAUAAAAUUAUGUGUGUGUAAAUACUUAGGA